CUCUAUUGAGACAAUUAUAUUACUUUUUUUUCAACAGGUUGCAAGUUUUGUUCUACUUAUGUUUACCAAUAAACCUUCAUGAAAAAUGUGCUAGACUUAAACCCCUACCCUCAAAAACUGCACGCAUUACAGUUUCCUUUAUACUCAGUUAAUUCCUGCCACUAUUUGAAUUAUUUAAUUUGACCAACGCGACUGGAAAGGACAGGGAGUCAUGGAUCCCUCGCGUUUGAAAGAGAUGUGAUCCAAUCCUCAGCCCAGUCACUGCCGACUCCAGGAGCUCUGAGCAGCUCUGCUCCAGCAGUGAUUGGUGAGUCGGUGGGGUAAGAUGGCUGCAUUGCUGCGCGCCGCGCAUUAGUGGCAUCCUGGUGAAAUGACGCAGGCCACAGUUUACGUUCAGUCCUCUCAGCUCUCAGCUUCCCAGUCUCCAUAGCUCCGCUCUCACCCCGGCACACAGCCCCGGAAGCCCGUACGACCCGGCUGUCUGGCUGUUCCUCCAGUGGACCGAGCCACACCGGUUCCUCUGAGUAAGUACAAACGUGCGAGUGCGAUGAGGAGAAGUUUCAGACAGUGAGGUCAUGGGCUGCACCUCGGCCAAGCAGGUGUCGGCCGUGCCCAACGAUGAGGAGGGACGCGGGAAGGCCUACAGCAACGGAGACCUCUACUCUGACGAAUACAAGAUGAAGGGAGUGGAAGAGGUGAAGUACAUGAGAGGGGAUGAAAACCGGGUGAACGUACGCAACCAGGAGAACCUGGAGAAGAGCAAUGUGGAGUACAGGGGCAAACAGCAGAAAGAGGCGGCUGCAACAAACAUCAAAUCUAACAUUCACACGUCAGAGAGCCAGCAGGAAUUUUUCAGGAUGCUGGAUGAGAAAAUUGAAAAGGGGCGAGACUACUGUUCGGAGGAGGAGGAAGACGGGACAUAGCACACCAGCCCCCACGGACUCGACCCCCUCCCCAGUUCCCCCCAUGGACAGCCUCGUUGAGUGUGUGUGAAACCGGUAGCGUGUGUUUAUGUGUGCCUGAAAGUGAAAGAGAAAGUUUAAUCAGUGUUUUACAGUGUGACGGGACACUAUUGGUGUGUGUAGGGCAGGGGGGGAGUUUUCUGAGCAUAUGGCAGUGAUACUUUAAGUGCAAAACAAAAGAGAAUGGGACAAAGACAAGCUUCGUCACGGACUGCAGCACUCAGCACCUCAUCCCUUCAGGUAGAGGGAGAGACGAUGGAGAGAUCGUCGCCGGACCUGUCCGGUCAAGCAGAUAUUUCCUUCACCUGUCCGUCCUCAUCUGUCCGUGUCCUCCUCUGUGGCCUGACUCUAAAUAUAUAAACCCACGCAGUCGGGACUUCCGGGUGUUGAUAUCCAUCGAAGAUUAGAGUUGUCGUUGGUGUGUUGAGGACUGAAAAACACACGGAGUAGAGAAAAUAAAGCCCAAGGGAGAAGAGGAUGGUGCUGAACUUUAUCGCCUGACUACCUUCAGUCGGGCUCGCCUUGUCCAAGAUGGACUGAAAGGGUGAGGGUGGGAGAUAAAAGAGGGAGAAAUAUGGGAUAUUUUAAUAUGAGAGAGUAUGGAGGGAGCUAGUAGUUUAGAAUCUCCUAAACUACUCCUUCCUUUUUAAGUCAAGGACCUGUUGUUUUUUUUUUUGUUUUGUUUUGUUUUUAUUUUUGUUUUCAUUCUAUGCCACAGUCACUUAUUCAGUUAAAUUUAUCCUUCUUUAAAUGUUUGUUUCCAGCCGUUUUUGUUCUUGACGUCCAUCAUAGUAUGUCAUAAUCGUCGGCAAAAUGAAGCUCCAAAAUUUAGUCUGUGUCUCAGCACAAUCACUCCUCCUUUAAACGAAUCCUCUCUUAUACACACAAAAACACACAAGAGUUGUUUUAUUGAACAAAGAGAAACUCAUUUUCCUUAUUUCAGUGUGGAAGACGGCUGUCUCACACACACUCCACCACACACACACACAUUACAAUAUCGUAUUUGUUUCACCAGAUUAUCAUGUGCAUAAAUCAGAGGUACCCAUAGAGCUUAUUUCUGAUCCAGUCAGUAUUCACACACUUUCAUGAACAUUGCAGCGACAACAAUUUUGAGGAACUUAAAGGGAGAAUUUGUGGUUGUUGUUGAAACACAGAUCUGUUUUUUUUUUUUAUUAUUAUUGUUAUUAUUUUUAACCAUCUUUGCUGGAUACGUCCUGUUGUAUUAUUUUUGAAUACGUUUUUUUUUUUAAUUAAAGAUAAAAAUAUAGGCGCUCUGAA